GCAGAUUCAGUCGGUCACGAAAUAAGUUGAUAGUGUGUAUUGUUUGCAUUGCAAUUAAAUAUAAACAGCUUUUUUGUUUUGUGAAGGAAUCGAUAAUUUUGGCAUUGUAAAGUAAAAAUGUUUUCAACGAAAUUCGAUGAAGCAACCAAAUUGUGGAGCGGCGUUACCGUUCCACCAAUUUACAAUCCAAAUGUUAAUUGUGCUCACGUUUUAUUGAGUUCAAUGAAAGUGCAUGGUUCAAAAUUCGCUCAAAUAAAUGCUGAUACCGGUGUGAAAAUAACAUUUGCCGAAAUGCGUAUGCACACGAUAAGUAUGGCUGAGAAUCUUCAGAAGCGCGGUUGCCAGCCAAAACAAGUCAUCGGAAUCAUGGCGGACCAUACGGAUCAUCUGAGUUCAGUUAUUUUAGCUUCGCUUGGUUUGGGUUGUCCAUCAAACGUGCUUGGCAUUUCUGUGGAAAAAUCCGAUAUUAUCAAAAUGUUUAGACUUACCGAACCGAGCUUUAUUUUUUGUGAAGUUGAAAAAUAUGAUUUGAUGAAAGAAUGCUUGAAAGAAUUAAACAAUGAUGCUCCCAUAUUUACAUUCAAUGGGACGAAAGGUGAUUCAGAAUCAGUUGAAAGUCUCUUUGAAGUAACGGGAACUGAGGAUAUUUUCAUUCCCGUCGAAGUCGAUGGAAUUAAUGAUGUGGCAGUGAUUUCAAGUUCAUCAGGCACUACUGGUCCAUUUAAAGGUGUUUGUUUGCCGUAUGCAGCCCUUCUAUGGGACGUUCAAACGUUGGAUAUCAUCACAUCGGAUGAUGUUUUGUAUACCCUUUUCACAUAUCAAUGGAUAACCGCAUAUGCUAUUCUUUUUUGGGGUGUAUUAUGUGGUUCGCUUCGUGUAAUAUCAAACGUACCAUUUUCGCCUCAAACACAAUUGCGUUUGCUCGAAGACUAUAAAAUAACAUGUACAAUGUACACCCCGCAUCAUAUCGCUGGCUUUUUAAAAAGUGGACUUUUGCCAAAAACCAAUCUUCCAAAUUUUAAACGUAUCUUGCUCGGCGCAUAUAAAGUUUCAUUUUUAAUGCUUGAUGAAUUUCGUUCGUAUUUACCAAAUACAAUUUGCAUGGUUGUGUACGGUACGACUGAGGUCGGUUAUUUAACCGUUGCUUCAAAUGGUAGCCACUCCGAGGGACAAAUGGUUGGCGGUUUUCAUUUGAAAAUUGUCGAUUCAAUGGGAAAUCGAUGUGGCGUCGGUGAAAAUGGUGAAAUUCAUUGCAAAGGCCCCUACAAAUUUCUUGGCUACUAUCGAAAUGAAGAAUUGUCGGCUGAUGCAAUUGAUGAUGAAGGAUUUUUCCCAACGGGUGACAUUGCACAUUUCGACACUGAGGGAAAUCUACACUUGAUCGAUCGCGUAAAAAAUUUGAUAUCUACACAUUCGCUCUAUAGCAUAGCACCAACUGAAAUUGAAGAAAUUCUAUUGAAAAACAAUGACAUUAAAGACGUCUGUGUUGUUGGCAUUCCUUAUGAAGGUGGUGACCUACCAGCAGCUCUCGUUGUUCGUGCAGAUAAAUCACAGAUAACGGCCGAAGCUGUUUGCAACAUUGUUGAAGAUAAUAUGAGUGCUCACUACAAGCUGAGUGGUGGUGUUUAUUUUAUCGAUUCCAUGCAAACGUCUUUUUCGGGAAAGCUCCUUCGUAGAUGGGCCAAAGAAAUUGCUGUCGACAGGUUUUAUAAACAAAAACCAAGCAUUAAAAUCGCUAUCGAUAUAUGCAAUUGAUUAUUGCAUAAAUAGACCGAUCCUGAAAAAAUGGCAACAUACAUUUUCUAACAUUUACACAUUUUGCACAGUGUAUGCAAUACAUCAAACACUGAGCAAAAUGUGUAUGCAAAUGAAAUGCUAUGCAUAGCAUUGUAGUGAUAGUAUUAUUGUUAAAUAUGCAAAUUUGUCAAAUUCACAAAUAAAUUCUCCAAAUACAAAAAUCAAUUGGGCAAAA